AGAGAGAGAGACAGAGAGACAGAGAGACAGGAGAAGAGAGAGUGAGAGCGAGAGAGCCACUCAACACUCAAGGACAGCGGGAAAAGCAGCCCGCCCCGGCUUACCCCGUCCGAUUGUCUGUCCGCACUGGAGCAUGGCAGCUGUAGGCCUGGAGUCUUUGGGGGAGGUUUGCAAGCCUGUCUCCACUAGGCCCAGCCCCUUCUCGAUCCUGGACAUUUUAAACACACACACACACACACACACACACACACACACACACACACCCCACCCCCUUGAGAAACCAGGGAACCGAGGUCAAGGGGAGGAGGGGCGUGGAGGCUGAGGAGAGUGGGGCUGAAGGGUAGAAAUUUACCGGGAAAUGAUUGCAUUUGGGAGCUGUCUUUUUUGUGAUGGUCCCCAUGGUGACAAUUUGUGACGGCAAAGAAUGUGGGAACGGGGCGCCGCCGCCUGAUUGGGAUGCUUUGUAUCUGGAGAGGCGCUCCUGAUUGGCCUGAGGGGCCCCCCAGCUCCGGGGAGUUGUCCUCCAUUCAGCCCACUCAAGGGUUGCACAACUGCUUCCAGCCGGACGGAGCUCGGCCGGCUGCGCCGGGGCCUGUCCCAGGUCUGCAGUGGGGAACCUGCCGGGCCACGUUGGUGGGGCCCGGGCCGCACCUUUGGUCAGCUCGGUGUCCUUCCUUGGAGCUGCCAGCCACCAGCAGAGCCUAUCCUCUUCAUGGAAAGCCUCGUGCAGUGGCCCCCUGGUGAUGGCAUCCGACAGUGAUGUGAAGAUGCUGCUGAACUUCGUGAACCUGGCAUCCAGCGACAUCAAGGCAGCCCUGGAUAAGUCCGCACCCUGCCGCCGCUCCGUGGACCAUCGCAAGUACCUGCAGAAGCAGCUCAAGCGCUUCUCCCAGAAGUAUUCCCGGCUCCCGCGGGGCCUUCCUGGCAGAGGUGCUGAGCCCUACCUGAAAAGGGGGUCUGAGGACCGGCCCAGGAGGCUGCUCCUGGAUUUGGGCCCUGAUUCCAGCCCCGGCGGGGGUGGGGGCUGCAAGGAGAAGGUGCUGAGGAACCCCUACAGGGAGGAAUGUCUUGCUAAGGAGCAGCUCCCACAGAGGCAGCAUCCAGAAGCUGCCCAGCCUGGCCAGGUGCCCAUGAGGAAAAGACAGCUGCCCGCUUCCUUCUGGGAAGAGCCAAGGCCCACCCACAGCUACCAUGUGGGGCUGGAGGGGGGACUGGGCCCCAGGGAGGGACCUCCCUAUGAGGGUAAGAAAAAUUGCAAGGGCUUGGAGCCCCUGGGACCUGAGACUACCCUGGUGCCCAUGUCUCCAAGGGCCCUGGCUGAAAAGGAGCCGCUCAAGAUGCCUGGGGUCUCCUUGGUGGGCCGCGUCAAUGCCUGGAGUUGCUGCCCCUUCCAGUACCAUGGACAGCCCAUCUAUCCAGGCCCCCUGGGGGCACUGCCUCAGAGUCCUGUCCCCAGCCUCGGCCUUUGGAGGAAGAGCCCUGCCUUUCCCGGGGAGCUGGCGCACCUCUGCAAGGAUGUGGACGGCCUGGGGCAGAAGGUGUGCAGGCCCGUGGUGCUGAAACCCAUCCCCACCAAGCCGGCCGUGCCCCCACCCAUCUUCAAUGUCUUUGGCUACCUCUAGCCAUGCGGAGAGGGCCUCAGCCCCCACCUCUGGCCUGCAGGAGUGUCGAGGUCCCCGAGGCGCUCUCCUGUGAGGAGGUGGCUGGGCCACAGUGUGGCCUCUUCCGUUUGUGUGCGCAUGGGAGUGGAGGGCAGGAUUGGGGCAGGGCUCCUCAGGCAGUGACCCUUCAGCCUUGCAGCCUUGGAAGCUGGGAGGCUGGACCUGGCUGGCCCCUCCCCAAGCAGGCCAGGGCCCAGCAGCUUGUCCCGCUGUCCCUGUGCAGACCAUAGGUACCGGGAUGUUGCCCUUCCUUGCCUUGCAGUCACCCCAGAAGCCAGAGUGACGCAUCUGUUCACCUGCCACCCACUCUGCGAGCCAAUCUCAGUUGUUGUUCUUGUUCUUCUUGUUCUUUGUAAAUAUUGAGAAAGUUAAAAGAAUAAAGACAUUUCUUUUGGAGUUUCCAUA